UGGAAAAUGUUGCUAGCGUGACACAAACCCUCUCCCCCGGGUUGUCGAGGAUGUCUCUUUAGUGUAAUAAAUUCAAGGUUCUUUUACAGGACAACUCUCAGAACAGUUCAACCCGUUUAAGGGAGGAUUUCUGAGCUUUAUCUCGGUAACGCACCGGGCUCAGUCGGCUUACAAAGCGACACUGAGUGGACGGGGCACCGGUGUACCUGGUAGUUAGCUUGUUGAGCUAGCUCCUCAGCUGAAAGAAUGGACCUGUUUGACGACUUGCCAGAACCCACACAGACCGGCGGUCCAGCCAGUUCACCAGUCACGUCAAGAGCACAUACCACGGAAGACCAAGAAGAAGAGAGAAGUUUGAAAAGAAAACGAGAAGUUGUAAACAAAACAGAGGAGCAAGGGCAGAUCAAGAAAGUUUGUAGUGAAGGUUUUCAGAUGUUCCACUGCAAUGCCUUCCUGUAUUGAAAGGCUAUGUAGCGGCAAGGCGCGGUGAGCGGGAUGAGAUGCAGGAUGCCCACGUUCUGCUGCCAGACAUGAGCAGCUGUCUGUCAGCUCUUCCAGGAAAUGUGUCUCAUGUUUCGUACUUUGCAGUGUUUGAUGGUCAUGGUGGAGCUCGAGCCUCUCAGUUUGCUGCUGAGCAUCUUCAUCACAAUCUGGCCAAGAAGUUCCCAAGCGGAGAUUCUGAGAAUGUGGACAAACUGAUAAAGAAAUGUAUCCUGGAUACUUUCAAACAGACGGACGAAGACUUUCUGAAGAAAGCAUCUAGCCAGAAACCAGCGUGGAAGGAUGGCUCCACUGCCACCUGUGUGCUGGUGGUGGAUGACAUGGUGUAUGUGGCCAAUCUGGGAGACAGCAGGGCCGUGUUGUGUCGGAUGGAGGCGGCAGCAGACGGACGGAGGAGGUCGGUGACUCUGGCUCUUAGUAAAGAACACAAUCCGACCAUGUACGAAGAGAGGAUGAGGAUCCAGAGAGCGGGAGGCACUGUUAGAGAUGGCAGGGUGCUGGGAGUCCUCGAGGUCUCCCGCUCUAUCGGAGAUGGUCAGUAUAAACGCUGUGGCGUCGUUUCUACGCCCGACUUGAGGAGGUGUCAGCUCACAGCCAAUGACAGGUUCAUCAUUCUGGCCUGUGAUGGUUUGUUUAAAGUCUUUUCUGCUGAUGAAGCUGUUAAAUUUGUCCUCAACAUCAUGGAGGAGGGCAGUGUAGAGCCAAAGUCGGGCCUGACGGAGGAGGAGGUGCGGUUUGAAGCUGCCUGCCAACAGCUCGCCAGUGAGGCAGUGAGACGAGGUUGUGCUGACAAUGUCACUGUCAUCCUGGUUUCUAUUGGCUGCUAAAUACAUCCAUCAUUCAUCAUCAUGAAUGCAACAUACAUGUGCAUGGUGGACCCUGACACACACACACACACAGUAACAAUUGAUCUGACAGUCUUAAUUUGUUUUGUUUAUUUUCCAAUAAAAACA